ACAGACACAGAGGGAUCGAGAGUGACAUAAAAAGACGGGUAAAGCGCAUAUAUCUUCACCUGAUACCCAAUGCAUGCAUGAAUACCGUGCUUGUUAUCCUUUUGUUUACAAAAGUUUUGCUUCAACUACACAAAUUAAUCGGUCAGUUGUGAUAACCCAUAAAACGGCGAAUCAUCUGAAUUGUACGCCACUUGACUUGGUAUAAGGUGUUUCGAUCAUUUUGGAAGUUGAUACUUCUUGAAUGUUGCUGCUAAGAUAGAGAGAAAGUAGUCAACCGAUUGGAAGAGACACGAAGAAAUAAGUCGAUUAUCAAUCAUAUUGUGCGUGUGAGAUUUAAGUGUGGAAAAAUUUGACGAGUAAAAGUUGUGAAGGAUGUCAUCGGUCGUGCGAAAUCCUCUGAAAUCCGCUUUGCGAAAACAAAUCAAAGCCGUUCUGUUGACCCAAUCUCCCGAAAGCAGAAAAGAGCAAUCACACACCGUAACCAAAAAGAUAUUGGAUUCAGAUGCAUUCAAACAAUCGACACGUAUCAGCGUGUAUUUGAGCUUGGGCCAUGAGGUUAAUACCCAGGAUAUUCUCGCCGAAAUGUUCCGUCAACAAAAAGAAGUAUUUGUACCGUCGUACAGUGGCAACAGCAUGGUUAUGCUGAAAAUCAAAGACAUGAAUGACUUUGAAUCGUUACCGUUGACAAAAUGGAAUAUUCCUCAACCAAAUGACGAUGGUACUCGAGAAAAUGCCGUCGAAACGGGCGGACUAGAUUUGAUUUUAUUGCCUGGUGUUGCGUUCACUCGUCAAGGCGGUCGACUCGGCCAUGGAAUGGGCUAUUAUGAUAAAUUUUUACAUGAACACUUCAAUAAAAAUCCACAUCGACGCACCGAUUCACCGCAAAGUAUUGCCGAAAAAAUCGCUGCAAAGAGAUCCAUUCUAUUGGGCCUAGCAUUCAAUGAGCAAAUCGUCGAUAACGUCCCAUUGGAACAGACUGAUGUUUUAUUAGAUGAAAUUGUAACCGCAUAACAUUCCUAUGGCAUUUUUUAAAAUGGAAAACAUUAUUUUUUCUCUAAGAAUUUUAAUAAAGAAUUUAGUUUAAAAGCUGAUGAUUCACGAAAACAA